GAAAACGGACUGUCGCUGAAGAGCAGAGGUGAAAAGAUACAAGGGAAGAAACUGGGACCUAGAAAUGGUGUGACCGCCAGCGAGUCCGAACCGAAUCAGAGGGUCAGAUGUGGAGGAGGUCCGCUUGAAUUUUUAGUUGUUUUUUUUUCUAAGUCAUUGUUAGAAGUCAGCAAACUCUCGCUUUUUGAUGCCGUCCUCACGGAGGUCUGAGCCACUAACGGACUUAUUGGUCGGUUGAACCAUGCAGAGGCUGCUGCUCCUGAGUUUGGCGUUCGGUCUCCACUCUGCAGUGAGGACAGCAAGAUUCUCUCAGGAGCCCGCAGACCAGUCGGUGGUGAGGGGCCAGAGGGUGCUCCUGUCCUGCGUCGUCUUCAACUACUCUGGCAUUGUUCAGUGGACCAAAGAUGGUCUGGCUCUGGGCAUCGGAGAGGACCUGCGGGCCUGGCCCAGGUACCGUGUGCUGCGAGUCCAGGAGCUGGGUCAGUACAACCUGGAGAUCCUUUCUGCCGAUCUAUCCGACGAUGCCCUGUAUGAGUGCCAGGCGCCUGAUGCUGCUCUGAGAUCCAGAAGGGCCAAACUCACCGUCCUCAUCCCUCCGGAUGAUCCCGUUAUCGAUGGAGGACCGGAGGUAUUGCUCACCGCGGGGGAGUCAUACAACCUCACAUGUGUGUCUCGUGGAGCUAAACCUCCCUCAAUGGUGGAGUGGCUUAAAGACGGUCUGCCUGUAGAGGGAGCUGUCAGCACCACAGAAGUGCUUUCAGACAGGAAGAGGGUGACGACACGGAGCCUGCUUCCCAUCCAUCCCAUUGACACAGACACUGGGAGGAACUACAGCUGUGUGGCCACAAACCUGGCUGCUCCAUCUGGGAAGAGCACAACCGUCACCCUUAAUGUGCACCAUCCACCAACAGUGACCUUGUCCAUUGAACCUCGCUCUGUCCUAGAAGGAGACAGAGUCACCUUCACCUGCCAGGCUCACGCUAACCCUCCUAUUAUGGGCUACAGGUGGGCUAAAGGCGGUGUGGUGCUACAGGGAGCCAGGGAGAACGUUUUCACCACCAAGGCCGACCACUCCUUCUUCACUGAACCGGUCUCCUGUCUGGUUUUCAAUGCGGUGGGGAAAACUAACGUCAGCAUCCUGGUGGAUGUGCACUUUGGUCCUAUCCUGUUGGUGGAGCCGCAGCCAAAGACAGUUGAUGUGGACUCUGAUGUCACCCUCAACUGCAAAUGGGCUGGAAACCCUCCGCUCACUCUCACCUGGUUCAAGAAAGGAUCGAACAUGGUCUUGAGUAACAGCAACCAACUGCAUCUGAAGUCAGUGACCCAGGCUGAUGCUGGCCAAUACGUAUGCAAGGCCAUCGUCCCACGGAUUGGAGUAGGAGAAACCGAGGUCACGCUCACAGUCAACGGUCCACCCAUCAUCUCUAGUGAGGCUGUCCAGUACGCUGUGAGGGGGGAGAGAGGAGAGGUGAAAUGCUACAUAGCCAGUACGCCUCCUCCAGAUAAGAUCGUGUGGGCUUGGAAGGAGAACGUGUGGGAGAAGGAGAAGGGCACGCUGCUGGAGAGGUACACAGUGGAACAGAGCAAGCCUGCAGCUGAGGGCGGUGGCGUCCUCUCCACCCUCACCAUCAACAACGUGAUGGAGUCGGACUUCCUGUCCACCUACAACUGCACAGCCUGGAACGUGUUCGGCCCCGGGACCAUGAUCAUCACCCUGGAGGAGACCGAGGAGGUUCCAGUGGGAAUAAUAGCCGGCGUCACGGUCUGUUCCACCAUCCUGCUGUUCGUCUUCCUGCUUGUUCUUGUUCUCAUCUUUUACCGGCAGCGAAAAGGCAGCCGGCGCGGGGUCACGCUUGGGAAGCCCGACAUCAAGGUGGAGACGAUUACUAAGGAGACCCACAGCCUGGAAGAGGACUCUGGCAGCGUGUCCACGGCGUCGCGCAUGGUCAAGGCCAUGUACUCGUUUCUCCCUUCUGUGUCCUUCUCUCCUUCUAAUCAGCCUUUUAAAGAUGAGAUAGAACUCAAGUCGGACCUCCGAAGCGACACCCUGGACACCCGCCAGGAGUACGACCUAAAGGACCCCACUAACGGCUACUACAAUGUUCGAGCUACCACCCAGGAUGAAGUCCACCCUGGGUCCCGUUCCACGUUGCAUUACGCUGACUACCGCUCCCCUGCAGGGACACCAGGAGGAGCAGCAUCUAUCAGUAGCAGCACUGGAGGCUCUGGAGCCACAGCCAGCGGAGGAGCCCCCGUUCCCCCAGGUCCUCUCACCUCCCCUGGACGCCCACAAGCCUGCUACGACCCUCGGCCACCCUCCAGACUGUCUCACAUCAGUUAUGCCCAGUUCAACACUUUCACCCGUGGGGGCCAAAGCCAGCAGCCCCCCACUAACCCCGCCCCAGCGGCCACUGACUUCCCAGGGGACUGCAGCCUUCUGGACUCCACUUCCCAGCUUGCCUACGACAACUACGGCUACCCUUCGCACUACCAGACCUAUCGCAUGGGCUUCGCACCAUCCAGCCUGGCCCCGCUGGAGGCCGGCCCGUCCUACGAGAUGUACGGGGUCGGAUCUGGGGUGGCAAGCCCCGGGGUCGGGGUCAGUCCUGGAGGCCCAGCUCCAGCCGUUUCAGAGACUGGACUGGGGAAGUACGGCAGCUCCACUCGCUUUUCCUACACCUCGCAGCACUCUGACUACUCUCACAGCCGACACACGCAGCGAAUGCAGACUCACGUGUGAGAGCGAGACUCAGAGAACCCCCCCCCUCACAGUCUUAGCCGAGCAUUAAGAGGCAUCUUAUAAAUAGUGUCACACAGAACACACAUAUACCCACACACAAACAUGCAGACAUUUCCCCAUGUCCUGGUUGGACACCAACACACAAACACAGGCACAAUUUCCUACACCAUGCCCGUGAGAGAGGGAGGAGGAAGAGUAAACAGAGAGCAGAGAAAACAGGGUGAAAUGAAGGAGUUUUAACGAGACAGGGAGGGGAAAGUCCACGCGGUUUGGAAUUCCCUCUACUCCCGAUGUUUGGAGAUGUGAGCUCUGUGAGAGCGGACAGCGCAAGUCACAAUCAUGCCGAGAGAGGACGAGAGAUCGCGCCCCACCCACCCCCCCAAUACAACCUCUGUUCUGAACUGUCGUCGUGAGGUGACGGAGGAAAUCUUGAAGCAAAACUGUCAGAUCGACGCGCCGAUCGAAAGCGACCUCAGCCAGUGGGAGCCAUUUCUGGCCACCAUUUUGAGUUUUUCUUUUAGCUGGUUGUCUUAUUCAGUGAACAUAGAGCACAUAAACAGUAUGUAGUAUCCCAGAGAGCCCGCGUGUACAGUGCAGCCGGGCCCGUUAGGCAGCAUUUAGGGGGGGAAAGAGGGAGUGUGGGUGGCUGACCAUCAUGUUGUACUUCAUCCAUGGUAUUCAUUCUCUGACGUCUCUUUACUAUAUCUCUGUUACGUCUUCUGUUUAUUUGCACACCAGAUUAGAGCUUUGUAUUCUAUUUUUUAACAUUACAAUAUUAUUUUUGUCGGUGUAAAACAUGUAUGUAAUCAUGUAUGAUGUAAUGGACCAAAACGUUUUGGAGCGUGCACGCACACCGAACCCAAGCGAAGAGUUGUGCCAAUGGCGGAAGCCUGGAACGGGGAUGUGUUUCAGUCCCUUUUCCAAAAAAAAGAAAUUGAAAACCUUGUGCCAAACGUUCAUAUUCCUUGGACCACGUGUAUGCAGUAGAAGCUCCCUCUAUUGGUUGGAUGCUGCUUUAUGAGACCAGGAUGGAGCCGUUUCUUCUCUUGUUUUUAACUGUAAGCCUGGCACAGACGAAGAGAGAACAAACGUGGAUGAUGGGUUUAGAGUGGCCUUAUGGGGGAGCAUUUCAUGCAUUUCCAUUUUGAAUCAUUCCUACAUUGUUCGUCUGCCAAAUCUGGCUGGAGGAGAAUGUGUGCAGAGAGGUUUAAUGAAGGCUUGUCCACAGUAUUGACAUGUUAUUAGAGUGUGACUGCGAGUGUGAGUGGGAGCGAACCAUCAAGGGAAGGGAGGGGGGUGGGCAUUGGCGCACACUUCCAUUUGUACAGUGUGUUUGUAUAGAAGUUUGAAUGAGUGUGUGUGUUUUAGUAUACGUCUGUAUCAUUUCUCACAAACCUGUUACACUCCUUUUAUACCUCUGGUAGGACUGUAUCCUGUAUUAUUGUGUCUUUGAAUUUAGGCGAAUCCAAUGUUUAUCUUAUCGUACCGUUGGUAGCAGAGACAGCUGUUCAAAAAGAUGUACGACAAACAUUAUCAAACUCAUUUUUUUUAUUCCAUUAUCUUCGAUAUUUUUUAAAAAUGGUAUGUAAUUAUUUUUCCACAGUAUUACAUAAAUAAAAAGCACUGUUUUUUAA